AAACACAAUUUCCUUUCUGUCUCUAUAGAUAAUUAUAACCUUUUUCUCUUCCCCUUCUUUACCACUUUAUAAGCAACCUUGAAGGAUAUACCAAGGUGGCGUUUUAACAAAAUGCAAGUCCAGGGCUGGUUUCUCUUGUUCUCAUUUUUCCUCUUUUCACCAACAUCAUUUUUCUCUCAUGCAAUUUCCAAUGAAGAAGCCGCUUCCAUUGCUCGUCGUCAAAUGUUACAUCUUCAAGAAAAUGAGGAUUUACCCGAAAACUAUGUAGAUACCUAUAAAACAGAUUUAAAAUUUCCUAAUCCUAAUCUCAAAAGUGCUUACAUAGCACUACAAGCAUGGAAAAAAGCAAUUUAUUCAGACCCAACCAACUUCACAUCAAAUUGGGAGGGCCCUAAUGUUUGUUCUUACAAUGGAAUUUUUUGUGCAGCUUCUCUUAAUGAUUCAAAAAUUCAAGUUGUAGCUGGGAUUGAUCUUAAUCAAGCAGACAUUGCAGGAUACAUUCCUGCUGAGUUUGGUUUGUUAGCUGAUAUUGCUCUUUUGCAUAUAAACUCAAAUAGGUUUUGUGGGGUUCUCCCAAAAAGUUUUUCAAAGUUAAAGCUUUUGCACGAGUUGGAUAUUAGUAACAACCGUUUUGUUGGAAAAUUCCCUUGUCAUGUUCUUUCAAUUCCAGAUAUAAAAUUCAUUGAUAUCAGGUUCAAUGAAUUUGAAGGAGAAAUUCCUCCAGAGCUUUUUAACAAAACACUCGACGCUAUAUUUAUAAACAACAACAGAUUCACAUCAACAAUACCAGAAAAUAUGGGAAAUUCUCCAGCAUCAGUCAUUGUUUUUGCCAACAACGGUAUUAGUGGUUGUAUUCCUUCAAGCAUUGGCCAAAUGAAAAAUUUGAAUGAGUUUGUUGUAAUCGGUAAUAACCUUACUGGUUGUUUGCCUGAGGAUAUUGGAAAGCUUCAACAGUUAGCCGUUUUUGACGUGAGUGAGAACUUAUUUGUUGGUGCCUUGCCAAAGACAUUGCAGGGACUGAGUGAGGUUGAAGUAAUCUCUAUUGCACAUAACAAGCUUACAGGUUCUGUUCCAAAAAGUAUCUGUAGUUUGCCUAAUUUGGCGAACUUUACAUUCUCCUAUAACUAUUUUAACGUCGAGGAAGAAGGUUGUGUGCCUCCUGGAAAAGAAAUUGAGUUGGAAGACAUGGAUAAUUGUAUACCUAAUAGGCCAAAACAAAAGACAACAAAUGAUUGCAAUGUGGUUAUAAGCAAACCUGUGGAUUGCACCAAGGGAUUAUGUAGUAGUAAACCAUCUCAAUCCAAUUCUCCUUCAAAUCCUCCAACUGAGAAACCAACACCUUCAGUGCCUAAGCCACAACCGCAACCUACACCUUCGCAAACCCCAACACCAUCGACACCAAAGCCAACACCAAGUCCACAACCUAAACCAACACCAUCCAGUCCACCACCAACCCCUUCUACACCUGAAGCAGAACCACCAAUUGAGGAUGAUCCUCAUAAUGAAGCACCCAAAAGAAGAACACGAUCACCGCCGCCACCAGUUCAAUCCUCACCACCUCCUGUGCAUUCUCCUUCACCACCAGUUCAUUCACCACCUCCACCGGUUCACUCACCUCCUCCACCAGUACAUUCACCACCACCACCAGUGCACUCUCCACCACCUCCCGUUCACUCACCUCCUCCACCAGUUCACUCCCCACCACCACCAGUUCAUUCUCCACCACCACCUGUUCACUCACCUCCUCCGCCACCAGUACACUCUCCACCACCACCAGUUCAUUCACCUCCUCCACCAGUACAUUCUCCACCACCACCGGUUCAUUCCCCUCCUCCUCCACCAGUACAUUCUCCACCACCACCGGUUCAUUCACCUCCUCCACCAGUACAUUCUCCACCACCACCGGUUCAUUCCCCUCCUCCACCAGUACAUUCUCCACCACCACCAGUUCAUUCACCUCCUCCACCAGUACACUCUCCACCACCACCCGUUCACUCACCUCCUCCACCCGUUUUCUCACCACCACCACCUGUCCACUCUCCACCUCCACCAACUGCAUCACCUCCUCCUCCUGUUAAUGCACCACCUCCAGAAGAUGAUAUCAUUUUACCCCCUCACUUUGGCUCUUCAUAUGCUUCACCUCCUCCACCAAUCAUUGCUGGUUACUAAAUUUAAACAAGGCCCAUAACUUACUUCCACCUUUAUUAGAUCAUAGUCUCAAAGUUGAGGCAUGAUGACGCGACAAGAUCU